UCUUUAUUUUCUUUGUGGUGUUUACAACGAAAUUUUUUACCCAAUUUGAAUAAAAGAAAAACUCAAGAAUUAAAUUUAUGUUUCUUUCUCUAGAAAUUGCCAAAUCAUAUAAAAAUCUAGAAUUUCAAUCGCCUAAAAAAUGGCAUGUGAGGUGAAAACAUUCGCCAGCAUCAAAGAUCUCCACAAAGUUCAGGAAUUCUUUGGUUUGUCUCACGAUGAAAACUGGUUAAAUGCUGUCCAAUACGCCAUAUCCCCAACCAGCGAACUAAUUGCUCUGGCUCUGGGUGAAAAAUUGGCUCUUCUGUCAUCUCAGUGGGACAACAAAAGCCAACUCGCCACCUUCGCACCAAGUUGGUCUGGCGAGAUUGUCAAUCCCAAUGAAAUCAUAACCUCGGUGAUCUGCUUGCCUAUGUACGGAAAGAAUGUGAGCUCAGGCGCCGAAUGGACUUGUGUGGCAGUGGGACUCUCUUCGGGGUAUGUGAAUUUUUACACAGAAACUGGCAACAAAUUGUUUUCGCAGCAAUGCCACGACAGCGCUGUCUACGGCAUCAAAUCACUUUACAAACGUGACUCAGAAGAAUCACUUCUCUAUAUUCUCUACGACAUUGGGGUUUGUAUAUUCAAAGGCGAUGAUAUCUUCCCAUUUCUUGUCAGCAAGAAGAAUAAUCUCGGUCACAAUGCCGAGCCCGCCUAUGGCGCCAAAUAUUUCAGCGACUUUGAGACUCCAGAAAUGAUUCCAUAUCAGAAAUUCAAGUAUCCCAAAGACCGAGAAUGUGUCAUCAAUGACACAGUUGUGGCGGGGCCAAUUAGAACUGGAACAUUUGACCACAUCGUCCAACAGAGUCUGAGUUCGGGACUGUAUGCUAAAGUUGGUGACUUUCCUGCACAGAGUUCACUCGUGCUGGGAGUUGGAACAGAACCAUAUCUGGGACUGUACUACGCCGAGGAGGGCUAUCGAACUAUAUCUGUUGGUGAUGUGGCCAAGGAUGUCCUUGGAAUGGUCUAUAAAAAUGUCCUCGGAGGAUUUUUCAGUUCGAAGCCAGCUCCAAAGACACCUGAGGAGCAGCCAGUUGGGAAGGAGACUUCAAUGCGUUCUGGGAGUAGGAUUUACGAUGGCAAACGAGAUGGUUUCAGUAUUUGGAUUGCUCCUGGCAAUCAACUAGCCGUCAUAGCUGAUAACCUGGACCGUGUUAUUCUCGUAGAUUGCCGGCGAGGGGUGGCUCUUCGUGUUUGGAAGGGCUACCGUGACGCCCAAUGUGCCUUUGUCAAGGUGAAGGAAAAAACGCUCAAGGGCGACAAAAGUGAUCGCAGAAGAGCCCUUUUCCUUAUUAUCUACGCUCGCGGAAUGGGAUGUCUCGAGAUCUGGGGCAUGCAAAAUGGGCCCAAAGUAGCCGCUUUCACAGUCAGCAAAAAUGGACAGUUAGCGUACAUGACCCAUGGUCUGAUGGGAGUUGUCACCGGAGCCAAAUGCAAAGCAACUCUCAACUCAUGUCUAUUUCUCGAUCCAUCUGACCAGAGUCUCAAGGAGAUAACUAUUCCAUUCCACUUUGCGUUGCGCGAAGAAAACUCCAAAACCUCCAGAGACAUUCACUUGGUUCGACGGCUGAAAACUAUUCUACGGGAAGAUCCUGAUACCUGCAAUCUCGAGACAGUCAGAGAGAUUUGUUGUGACUUCCAAACAGACGAAGUUCGCCUGCAGUGUCUGGAGAUGAUGGCCAAAAACAAGAAAAUGCCACCAGAGUUCUUCUCCGCUGUGGUGAUUUCCUUCACUUCGGAAUCGAAUGAAAAACUCGAACAACUCCUGGAAUUCUAUCGAAGACUCACGGAAUUUUACAUUGCCAUGAAGAAUCCUCCAAAGAAAGAAGAAGAAAAAACCUAUGAGACACUUUCCCUCUCCGACAACGAUUUGGAAACAAUUGAGCAGAUAAUGGAACUCUUGGCCGACCGGCCCACAUCCAACGCACAAGCCACCCAAUCGAAAGUAACUUUCCAGGUAAAACACCAACAAGACGGAGAGUUCGUGGAAUACCUGAGAGUGUUCAAAUCAAACGACGGCAUACCCCAACUCAACCCGGACAAGAGCAAUUUGCUUGGAAGCAUAAGUGAGAAUCUUUUUAGGAAUUGCUUCAAGGGCCGCUUCUGUGAACAACAUUUCAAGGAAUCUGCUCGAGCUGCUGCAAUCUCUAGCGAAGAUCUAAUUGUCUUGGCAUUGAAUUUCUGGCUUGAGAAGACCUUCACCUAUACCUCCAGGGAGGAAAUCAUUAACGACAUGAUGCAUCUUGGAACCAUCGUUAGUGCAAUUUGCGAUCUAGCAGGGGAUAAAGUCAAAAGCUUUUCCUACAAUUCAAUCUGCCCGUGGUGGCAAGCCGUACGAGAAUUGCUUCUGGAAAGUCCACGUUCCCUCAGUCUGAUGGUGGCAAUCGUUUGUCGAACUGUUGCCAAAACUAUAAGACGCUCGCAAAAUGAUGGAUCAUGUGAAGAAGGCGACGAGGAAGUAUGGGAACAAAUCUCGCAGGACGAAGCCCAAUGGUCUCUACUCAUUGGAAAACUCGAUGAUAUCGCUGUCUUAGGAGCAAUCUUAGAAUCACCCAUGCUCAGCUUGGAUCCAACAAUGACCGAACUGCCUUACGAAAGCCCAGACUGCAGCUUAAAAGCCAUAGUUACCAAAGGCAAAGGAGUUGUAUCCGAUUUGGCAACCAAGUGGCUUUUGUACUCUCGAAUCCAUCCGACAAAAAUUCUCGAGCGUGAUCCUUCUGCCGCUGAUCAAGAUGAGGAACCAGUGCCGAGGCGCUUACAAGUGCUACGGCGUCAUUUCCCCUUCAGUCUGGAAUCUGGUGUUAUUUUGAGUAUGAUGUCGUGGGAAUACAUGGUCCACUGGAGUAAAGAACUGCAAAGUCUUGACCACAUGAGAGCUAGUCUCAUAUGCUUGGGCACUUUCAAAGAAUCCGACUACGCCCUGAAGCACGGCAUGUGCUGCAUGAUCUGGAAUGCCACCAUCAAGUAUCCCCUGCAAUCGACAAUGAAAAUGAUUCAGAAAGCCGGACGCAUUCCGGAUGACAAGACCUGUCUCCAAGAAGUCGGAAUUUGUUCGAGUUUUGUCGGGGAUUUCCUUGAUCUUUGCUUAGAAUUUCUUAUGCACUUUGAUAUUUCCAUGAGUCAUCGCAAGAGGGAGCUGAAAUUUGAGGAAAUUCUAUCUGAUGGUCAAUUGCCGCUGCACUAUAUCGCCUUGCAGCGGAAUCACGCAAUUCAGGAGAUCCUCCAGCUCCACAUCGAACUCUGUCGAGUUCUGCAGUUCAUUGUCUUCUUCCAGAUGAAGUAUUCGAAGCCCAUCACAACUCUGUUCGAUGCCAUGGCAAAUAAGACAUUUUUCGCUGAAGUGAAUAAGGAACUGCCGUACGUGUUGCCCGAGGCAGAUAUGGUUCUGCAGAAGCAUCGGGAGGAGUUCCUUUGUCGAGUGGUGACCGCUUCGAUGGAUCUGAUAAGAGAAGAUCUCGAGCAAUUAUAUGUGGUGGAGCACACUUGUUGGAUGGAGAAGGUCUACGAACUGGCCGAGUUGUGGAAACUCGAGAGAACUGGGAUCAAGCGACAUCAGAUUGUUGAAAUGUAUGCCCACGGUUGGGACUCCUAUGCGAAUGAUCUCCUACGCGACAUGGUUGACGACAUGGAAAUGGGUAAGCUGCUUCUUGAAAUCGCCGGACGUCGAAUGAAUCUCUUUGCCAAGACUUCUGGUGAGCGGUUCUCAAAGAUCGCAUCCGUUGGCCAACAACUGCUUCAUUAUCUCGACAAUUUAAACGAGAACAAGUCAAGUGGCAUUCAGAUAACAGCUACGUCUCCAGACGAAAUUGAUCUGAUUUCAUUGACCAAACUAACUACCGUUGCCUAUGAAUGUUUGUCAAAGAAAGAGAGUAAAUAUUUGCACAUAGCUGGUCAAAUGUUCGACGCUUGUAGUGUUCUACAGGAAUAGGCCAACUAAUCUGUGUUUUUAAUCGUUUUUCUAUGUUCUUCUUUUCCUAAUUUUUGUUUUCUCAUUUUUCUAGAAAUAAGAAUGAAAGCAUAUUGAAAUAUUUUAUCAGUUUGUAUAGCAUGUGAUAUAUGUUUUGUGAAUUGUGGCAAGUGAGGAUAAUGAAAAUCCAAUUCCAACAUCUUGAGUUUUGCCACAAAUAAAUGUUCAAAGAAUCAACAACAAAAAUAUAUUUUAUUGUUUUUUAGUCUAA